AUGGAUGAAACUUUUGAUCGGGAAGGAGAAGGUGAAAUCGGCGUGAAGAAGUCAUGGACCAAACUUAUUGUUAUUGGGAUGACACCUAGUCUUAUGCAUCCUAUCAGGGCGAAAAAGAAUGAAGAAAUAACAAACAAUAAGCUAACCUGGUUUGACCAUUUAAUUACUCAUAUAUUUGAGAAGCUUGAAGGUAAACAACAUACUUCUCUAGUAUAUUAUGAGAAAAACUAUUCACCAACAGCAGGAAUGGACCUCAUUGUUCGUAGACCUCCAAUUAUCAAUGUAUACGUUAGGCUUGUAUUGUGGAACCCAACCACCGAAGAAUUCAAGAUCAUUCCUCCCAGCUUGUGUGUGUCACGUCUCAUUGAAUCUUCUCCCCAUGAUGAUGAAUGGCCAGAGUUUUAUGUUCAUGGAUUUGGUUAUGACCAAGUUAACAAUGACUAUAAGGUGGUUCGUUGUGUACAAAUUCCUCUAACUCAUUAUCUACACAUCUUUUGGGAGAUAUAUAGCUUAAGAAAUAAUUGUUGGAGUGAACUUAAAUUUAAGAUGCCUGCUUCUUAUUCGGAUCGUCAGGAUCUCUAUGUCUACACCGACGGAACAUGUCAUUGGUUGUCUGUACGUUUUAAAGGUGAAAUCGGCGUGAAGAAGUCAUGGACCAAACUUAUUGUUAUUGGGAUGACACCUAGUUUUAUGCAUCCUAUCAGGGCGGAAAAGAAUGAAGAAAUAACAAACAAUAAGCUAACCUGGUUUGACCAUUUAAUUACUCAUAUAUUUGAGAAGCUUGAAGGUAAACAACAUACUUCUCUAGUAUAUUAUGAGAAAAACUAUUCACCAACAGCAGGAAUGGACCUCAUUGUUCGUAGACCUCCAAUUAUCAAUGUAUACGUUAGGCGUAAGCGCAAGGCAGGAGCAUAG